UCAGUGAAAACAGAAAAGGUUGUAACUCAAACAAAUACACCUGGAACACCAGAAACACCUGGAACACCAGAAACACCUGGAACACCAGAAACACCUGGAACACCUGAAACAUCUGGAACAUCAGGAACACCAGAAAAACCUGAUACACAUGGAACAUCAGAAACACCUGGAACAUCAGAAACACCUGAAACACCAGAAACACCUGGAACAUCAGAAACACCUGAAACAUCUGGAACAUCAGGAACACCAGAAAAACCUGAAACAUCUGGAACAUCAGGAACACCUGGAACAUCAGAAACACCUGGAACAUCAGAAACACCUGACACAUCUGGAACAUCAGGAACACCUGGAACAUCAGAAACACCUGACACAUCUGGAAUAUCAGGAACACCUGAAACACAUGGAACAUCAGGAACACCUGACACAUCUGGAACACCUGAAACACAUGGAACACCUGACACAUCUGGAACAUCAGGAACACCUGAAACACAUGGAACAUCAGGAACACCUGACACAUCUGGAACAUCAGGAACACCUGACACAUCUGGAACAUCAGGAACACCUGACACAUCUGGAACACCUGAAACACAUGGAACACCUGACACAUCUGGAACAUCAGGAACACCUGAAACACAUGGAACAUCAGGAACACCUGACACAUCUGGAACAUCAGGAACACCUGACACAUCUGGAACAUCAGGAACACCUGACACAUCUGGAACACCUGAAACACAUGGAACACCUGACACAUCUGGAACAUCAGGAACACCUGAAACACAUGGAACAUCAGGAACACCUGACACAUCUGGAACAUCAGGAACACCUGACACAUCUGGAACACCUGAAACACAUGGAACACCUGACACAUCUGGAACAUCAGGAACACCUGACACAUCUGGAACACCUGAAACACAUGGAACACCUGACACAUCUGGAACAUCAGGAACACCUGACACAUCUGGAACAUCAGGAACACCUGACACAUCUGGAACAUCAGGAACACCUGAAACACAUGGAACAUCAGGAACACCUGACACAUCUGGAACAUCAGGAACACCUGACACAUCUGGAACAUCAGGAACACCUGACACAUCUGGAACACCUGAAACACAUGGAACUUUGUCUUUUAAUUUCCCUGAAACUGAAACUUUUCCUAGCUGUCGGACAGGAACAUGAGGAAGAAGCAAAUUGUCCUGAUAAGAAAACCAAAAGCCUGCGAUGCAGUGUUCAGGCUUUAAAUGUAAUAUGUAAUAUAAAUAUUUAUUAUCAUGCUGCUGUAUUAUUUAAAGGGGAGAGAUGUAACAAGUGAAACAUGCAGUUUGUCUUUGAUGAAUUCACCUUUUAUUUCAGUGUUAUCAAUAUAUUCAAAAACUUCAUCCGAAUGUUUAAUGAAAUAUAAUCAGUUUCCUUCAUUUUACAACAUGAACUGAACAUUUCAUUAUAUUUUUAGCCGUCUGCUUUACGGAUGUUGAAGGGAAACUUCAGUAUUUUUCAACCUAGACCCUAUCUUCUUGAGUUUGUGUCCCAGUGACUGAUGGGAACAACAACGUUUGAGGUCCAGUAUUGAGAGAGAGCGCUGCAGUGUAAUCCUUCAUGUUCGUCAGCUUGUUAUUAUAAGACUACAGUAUGAAAGCAGCUACAGAGAAAUAAAACCUUUUACUUUUACCUUGA